UUGAAAGUCUUUAAAAUGUGUGUCAUCAGCAGCAGUGGCAGCCACAAUGAGGCUCCCAUUCUCAGCGACAGGCACCUGGAUGUGCCUGACAUCAUCAUCACCCCUCCGAUCCCCACAGGCAUGAUGCUGCCAAGAGACUCCAGGAGGACGGUCUGGCUGCACAAGACCAGGUCAUGCCUGGAUGAUAUAGAAAUAGAUCCUGAAGCCUGA